ACCAUCCCAGAAACGCAACCAGAGAGUUGAGGGUACACCACUGUUCUGAGGAACCACUCUUUGUGGGAGGAGUAUGGCUUCUAAGGAAUCCUCAAUAACCUCUUCUAAAGAUUCUCUCCUCUUUGAUGAGCGACGUUGGGUGAUACAAAUUCGUAAUACCUUUGACGAGGAGGACGAAGAGGAUGUCCGAAUCCCUGUCUCAGUUUUUAGCGUCCCCAAGACACUACUAUCCACCAAACCUGAAGCCUACGUCCCCCAGCUCUUUGCACUCGGACCGUACCACCAUUGGUACCCCCAGCUCUAUGAGAUGGAGCGCUACAAGCUCGCCACAGCCAAGAGGACACAGAAGCAGCUCCAGAAACUCAAACUCGAACAAGCUGUCGAACACUUGAUGAGAAAAGAGCACAAGAUCAGAUCCCACUACCAUAGGCACCUUGAUUUGAGUGGAGAGGCUCUAGCAUGGAUGAUGGUUAUUGAUGGAUCCUUCUUGCUCGAGUUCCUUCGCAACUACUCCGAUGCAGAGGGAAAGGCCUUCAGGAAGGUGCCAUCAAUGUCCCAUAUGGUGGAUGCUGCAAGGAUGAAGUUGGCUUAUAAUUCUAUCCUUAGGGACAUCGUGAUGCUUGAGAACCAGAUACCUCUCAAUCUAGUAAGAAAGAUCUUGCGAUUUCAAAGCAUUUCAAACCAAAUUGCUGAUAGUGAACUCUCGACAAUGCUGAUAGGAUUUGUGAAGGAGGUUUGUCCAUUUAAGGUGAUGGAUAACUUGUCAAGCAUCGACACUAAAAGGUACGCACACUUGUUGCAACUUCUCUACUUUGUCAUCGUUCCGAAGGUCAAGGAAGAAAGCGGAACCAAUGAAAUCGAACACCAUGUCGAUGUCCCUGAGUCAAAUGAGGAUCAGGCCCCGGCAGACCCUAGCUAUGUGAAGAAGCUCUUUAAUUCGGUUUGGAGUUCGGCGUCACGUUUAAAUAUCAUGAAUGUUUUCAUUAAAGGACCCUUCAAGUUCCUAGUGAAGGUUCCUUGGAAGAUCAUCUCCCAUCUCCCGGGGAUCUCGAUCUUGGCUGCUCCCAUCGGAAAUCUGUUCUUCAAUAGAGAUGAAAAAGAGGAAGAUGAAGAAUCUGGUAACAAACCACCUUUGGUUGAAGAGAUCAUGAUCCCUUCGGUGACCGAGCUCACAAAGGCUGGUGUCAAGUUCUCACCAACGAGGGGGGACUUGACGACGAUCGCGUUCGAUGUGAAAACCGCCACUCUUCGUCUCCCUACUGUGAGUUUAGACAUCAACACUGAGGUUCUGUUGAGGAAUCUUGUAGCAUAUGAGACGUCGGUCGAGUCGGGGCCCAUGGUUUUCACUCGAUACACUGAGUUGAUCAAUGGGAUUAUCGACACCGAGGAGGAUGUGAAGCUGUUAAGGCAAAAGGGGAUCAUCUUGAACCGGAUGAAGAAUGAUGAGGAGGUGGCAAAGCUUUGGAAUGGGAUGAGCAAAUCAGUGAGGUUGACGAAAGUGGCCUUCAUAGACAAAGUGUUGGUGGAUGUGAACAAGUUUUAUAACAGUCGGUGGAGCGUUAAGAGCCGGAAGUUUAUGAAAAACUGUGUGUUUGGGUCGUGGCAGAUCCUUACGCUUCUGGCUGCCCUUCUGCUGCUGUUUAUGACGUGUGUGGAGGCCUUCUGCUCGGUCUAUAGCCGUGGAACUCGUUGGUCCUUUGUCACAGGCACGAAUGCGGGGGGAGGGGAGAGUGAAAUGCCUGUUAAUUUGCAAGGUUUCGCUAGUACGACUUACAUGUAAAACUCAUGUAGAAUUUGUAUGUAAGCCAAAUGGAUUUAGCUUGUCCGUAAGCACCGGUUUUGGUAUUUCAGGUUCAGAUAUUGGGGUGCAGUUUCUGUACAACUUCUUAAAAAUAUAGAUUUUGCUGCUAAAUAGUGAUUUAUCUAGGUUUAUAUAUUAGAUUUUCACCGCAACAAUUUAUUG